AUGAGUGUUAAAGAAGAAGAAAGUCGGAUUAAGGAAAUAUUAGAUUCUCUACAACUUUUGGCAUCUGAAGGUGACAUACCAGUUCAUGCAUUUAGUAUGUUAAUGAAAAAUUCUAAUAGUUAUAUAAUUUGUGAACAAUUACAUCAUAAAUGGUUGAGUGAUGCUUUGUUUGCCGAGAUUGCUGCUAAGAUAAUUAAACAUUUACAUAAUAUGGAUAAAAGAGAUGUUGCUUUGUCAUCAGGAUGCCUGGCACUAGUCAUUAAUGAUUAUAAAAAUUGGGGAAAUAUGAGGAAAAAAUCAAGAUUUAUGUUUAGAAAUUCUGUUAGAGCUUUAAUUGAACUAUAUCCUGUUUAUGUUAAAAUAGAUAAUUGUAUCUCUCAAUCAAUGAUAUUACCUAUGUUUCAUUCAUUACAUUUAUUAAUUGACUUAGAUCCAUCAGAGGAUGAUAUUAUGUGUUUGACUGAGUUAAUGAUAAAAUUUGGUGAUUUAUUUUCUGAGUUAAAUAGUGUUGAGUGUGAUAAAUUAGUUAUAAAAUUAAGGAAAAUUUUAUGUCGUGAUGAUUUAAGUUUUACAAGAAAAUGUAAAUAUAUGAUUUUACAAGUAAUGGAUUUUUGGACAUAUUCUUGGGAUAAAACAGUUAUACCAGAUUGUCUUUUAGAAUUUUAUAAUGAAAAUGAAAAUAAUAAUAGUAAUAAUAAUAAUAAUAAUAAUAAUGAAAUAAAAAAAGAAGAAAAGAAAAAUGGAGAAGUUAAAAUAAAUAUUUGUCAAGAUAAAGAAGAUAUUUUAGAAAAUGAAAUAAUUGCACUUUUAUUAAACAAUGAUAAUCAAGAGACAGAGCUUUAA